AGUCAGAUACCAACAGUUGGAGUACGGACAUUGAUUGACCACGGUAUUAAUGGUCAGUUCUUUUCGUAUUAUAUCAAAAUAGUACAAAAACUUAAUAAUUGUGGCGAAUUAGAAAGUGAUAAUGAGGUGUACACGUGUCCUUUUGUUUAUUACAAUAUUAGGCGGGACUUGGAGGUUAGGUCGACCGACCUGUGUAUUGGAAUCAGAUUUUGGAUUUAGCAUCAACUGUGCUUUUAAGAAAUCAGGGCUGUUUCGAGUUAGAAAUCUUGGUGGCGUUAAAGCUCACAUAGGCCUGGGAUUUAGUCUAGGUGACGAAUUGGGAUUCAAAGAAUCUCUUACCAAUGUUGAAAAUAGUAAACGAAGAUCGGUAUCAGCUUCCAAAUUCACAGCGCAGUUGAUUCAAGCUCAGCAAGAAGCAGCAAAAAAACAGAAUACCUUUGUACCUAAGAUGACUCAGGCAGAUGCGAGAAUAGGUCCUGCAGACGUGGUCACACCUUCAUCAUUAGGUGCAGCAUCAAAAAAAUCAUCCAUAGUUGUUCCUCCAUUCAAACCGAUUCCUCCCUCCGAUGACAGAUAUGUAGCCAAACAACCACCCUCUAUAGUUUCAGGAAAAUUACCGAGUCCUGAACUCAUGGCUGUGAUUGCUGUACCCAAAAAGGACAUGAAUGUUCGUGCUCAAGAUAAAAACAUUAAUGAUAAUUUCGCAGUAAGGAUACUUCAAGGAACAGGAGCCAGCAAUAACGAGGUUAUACCACAAUUAUCACUUCCAGAUAACAAUUCUUUAAUAGAAGACGACUUUGAUAUGGUAACUCAUAGACCUCUACCAUUACCACCAAUGAGGAUUAAACCCAUAUCUACUACUCCUAGAUAUUCAAAUAAAUAUGCUAAUAGUGUAGGAAAAGUUAUGAAUGCUCCUAAGGAGUAUUAUCCUGUAGGUUAUGAUAAGAAUUUUGAUGACAAUUUUGCCUCAAGGGUAGAAUUACCUGAAACUUCAUUUUACUGCGGGGAUCAGAAACAUUUCCCAGGAUUAUAUGCUGACGAAGAUUUAGGUUGUAUGGUAUUUCACGUAUGUGCUUUAACAGAUGAUGGACUCAUUAUGAAGAGCUUCCUGUGUCCGGAAUCAACUUUGUUCGACCAAACAAUACUAAAAUGUAAUUGGUGGUUUUACGUGGACUGUAAAAACUCCAAAAAAUUGUAUGAUUCUAAUAUUCCUAUAUCUAAAAGCUACCAACUAAUGAAAGCCUUGACGUUUUUCUCAACAUACAACAAUGUUAACAGAAAUAGUUCAAAAACAAAUGAUAAAGACUGAUAGAGAUUAAUAGUAGAAUUUAGAUUUUAACCAAUAAAACAAGGAGAUAUGGUAUGUCAAUUCUGGACUAUGUAAUUUUACUGGCAAUUUUAUAUAAUACGCAAAUUACUCUAAAACUUACAUGUGCCAAAAAUAUAUUAUCAAUUCAAAUUUUCUCGUAAACAAAUGUUAGUGUUAGAUGCAAAUCAAAUCUUCUUGUUGGAAGCUCAAUUUUCACAUUCUAAGUCUUCGUUAUAUUUUAUAAGUAGUUAAUUUUAAGUAGGUGAUUUGACUUUUUAUACGUGAAUAAUUUGACUAUUUAUUUUUUUUUUAUCAAUUAGCAUGUGGAUUAGGUAUAGAUAAGUCACAAAAAUAAUACUUCCAUUAAAAAUAAAAAAAAAUCAAAUUUUUCUUUGUCACUUGAUCCAUGUAUUACAUCGGGUCUUUCAAAACGUUCGCAAGCGAAUUAUAUCACUGAAUUAAGCGAAAAAAAUCGAUCAAAAAUCGCCAAACAAUCACAUGUCUAUAACGCAAAGUUCAAAAAUGCGGCAGCAGCUAAAUACUUUUAUAGCUCUCUCGACCACUCGAUAGGUUUCACAAGCUUUGAUUGGCUAAACCUUAUUGUUAAUUUGCGAUUAAUCUAUGCGUUAUAGACAUGUGAUUGUUUUGUGAUUUUUAAUCGAUUUUUUUCGCUCAAUGCACUGAUAUAACUCGCAUGCAAACGUUUUAAAAGACCCUGUAUAUAGAUUUGCACGAUUUAAUGAGCCGUAGUUUGAAUACAAUAAACUGUAAGUUUAGUAUUCGAAAACAAAUGUUUAGUGUACAGUAAAAAAACUGUAGGAUUUUUAUAGGGCUAUCACCAAUAAAUAACAUUUGUCGACAUUAUAUGAAUCUACUGACCGAAAUUUUGAAAAUAUUAUAUUUGUAUUGGAUUAUAUAAACAUGGUGUUCCUAUAAUAGGAUAUGGAUAGUGGUUGGGUUGUAAUAUUUUAUAUUGUAAAUAAUUUUUUAACAAUUAUUCUGUUUGUCAAAUAUCUAUACAUGUUACAAAUAAAAUAUCUACAAAUAAA